UAGGGAGUCAACAAGUUCUAGCGGGCCGAUGCUAGAAAAUUGGAUCAGUCGGUGUUCGGUCGGUAGAACUUGUGGUACACACCCGUGCAUAUACGUCUCCUCGCGACAGUUGACGGUGGUACCGCGCGGCUGGUAUUCAAUCCGAUCCGAUUAUAUUGUUCCCGUUCAUCGCUUCUCGUGCGAGUGAUUGCAGCAGUGCGGCUGAGGCCUCCACUUACCGUAUUUUAGCCUUUAGCCUUGCAACAUGAGGUACAUGUUCCUUGCGACAGUUUUGUCGCUGUUGUGCGUCAGGACGAAGGCGGGAACGUUGGAAACCGUAGCGCAAUGGCCGCUGCUGGAAUUCUUGCUGCCGAACGAGCGCGGCUUUCAGUACCAACCGGAAAAUAUAGUGAUGACCGGGAUCGAGAUAACCUGGAACAGAAUCUUCGUGAGCACUCCCAGGUUACGUGCUGGCGUACCGGCCACCCUGAGCUUCUUCCCCAGGAAGGUACCGUUGGGCAGCAGUCCGCAGCUUCAGGCGUAUCCCUCGUGGGACUGGCACGGUGCCGGAAAAGGAGAGAUCAACUGCACCAAGCUGAUCUCGGUGUAUCGUACCAGGCUGGACAGAUGCGACCGACUGUGGGUCGUUGACGCUGGCGUCAUGACAUCGAUUGACGAUUUCAUGCCCGUUUGCCCGCCGAAAAUUGUGGUCUUCGACUUAAAAACCGAUCAAGUGGUCCGUCACGUCACUUUUCCGCGUGAGGUGCUGAGACCGGAUUCUUUGCUGACCAACGUUGUCAUCGAUGAAGUCUCGGCGAAAACCUGCGAUGACGUAUUUCUCUACAUGACUGACACACUCGGUCCAGGAAUUCUUAUCUUCGAUGGUGGUAGAGAUAGAAGUUGGAGAGUCGUUCAUUCAUCCAUGUUUCCUAAUCCAGAUGAAGCAAUGUACAGAAUCGGAAAAGACACUUUCGAGUUCUUAGACGGCAUAGUGGGAAUAACAUUUUCACCGAAACUCGGGAUCGUCUACUAUCAACCUCUGGCAACAGAUCGUAUCUUCAGCGUGCCCACCUCGGCUCUCCAAGCCGGUCCGCUACCUUUCGGUGAACAGUUACCUGUGACCUUGGUCGGCAGAAAGUCGAGUCAAGGUCUGGCACUGGCCGUGAAUCCUCAGGAUGACUCGAUCUUAUUCUCGCCCUUUACCGAGACCGCGAUCGCUUCGUGGCAACCGCAAACAAAUCAGCAGAGGAUACUCGCAUUUAGUCCAGAAAAAUUACAAUUUACUGCCGAGAUUUUAUGGGCAAGAUAUGACAAUGGUAAUUUUUGGAUAAUGUCGUCAAGAUUUCACAAGUUCUUCCUGAGACAGAUUGAUAAUCGUCAGAUGAACAUCCGCAUCAUGAGAAUCAAAAUGGAUAACCAAGCGCUGACUUCUUUUAAUCAGCAGAUUGACCCAUAUUCUUCACAUUACUAUAAUAAUACUCUAGGAUUCUAAAAAAAAAAUAUUGGCGUAAAAGUGCUCAGAUUGAAAAAAUUAUGACAGCAGAGAAUAUUGUUCAUAAGAAUUAAAUAUCACCGUUUACCGAUGAUAUUACUACUAUCUCGAUUCGGUAGAAUAUAAUUUUGAAAAUAUAUUUAUGAUAAAAAUGUAAUAAAAAAUAUCUAGAGAAAA